AAUAAAUUUUCGGCAACCGUAUUAGUUUACCUUGCUUCUUUUUCUAUCGUCGGUGACCGUGAUAAAUCUUUUAAAUUUCCCUGUCAAGCUUUUAGCCAUCAUGGCGGUUGGCAAGAAUAAGAGGCUUUCAAAGGGCAAGAAAGGAUCCAAAAAAAAGAUUGUGGACCCUUUCUCCAAAAAAGAUUGGUAUGAUGUUAAAGCCCCUUCUAAUUUCAAUGUUCGAACAAUUGGCAAAACUGUAGUAUCUCGAACUGUCGGCACAAAAAUUGCAUCUGAUGGUUUGAAAGGAAGAGUUUUUGAAUUAGCCCAAGCUGAUCUUAAUAAUGAUGAAGUUUCUUUUAGAAAGUUCAAACUGGUUGCAGAAGAUGUUCAAGGUCGUAAUGUCAUUACAAACUUUCAUGGUAUGUCAAUGACAACAGAUAAACUUCGAUCUCUGAUGAAAAAGUGGCGAACAUGUAUUGAAGGGCAUGUUGAUGUAAAAACCACUGAUGGGUAUUUGCUUAGAUUUUUUGCUAUUGGUUUCACUAAAAAACGAAAUAAUUCAAUUAAGAAGACUUGCUAUGCAAAGAGUUCUCUAGUAAAAGCCAUACGAAAAAAAAUGGUUGACAUAAUUACUCGAGAAGUUGCAGAAAAAGACUUAAAAGAUGUUGUCAACAAAUUGCUUCCUGACAGUAUGGGUGCAGAUAUAGAAAAAUCAUGUCAAAACAUUUAUCCACUUCAAGAUUGUCACAUUCGCAAAGUUAAAUGCUUAAAGAAACCAAAAUUUGAUUUGCAUAAGCUAAUGGAAAUGCACGAAAGUUCUGGAACUGCAACAACUACAACUGGUACCGCUGGAGGUGUUGUUAUUGAUCGUCCUGACAAUUUUGAACCACCAGUUUUAGAUUCAGUGUAAUUUAUAACAAAAAUAAAAUCUAACUGCCAUGUUGA